UCACUAGUUCUUGUUUCACCGUCGUCGCUAGGUAAGCUUCUUCUCUCUGAAAGAUUCAUUUGCAGAAAAGAGACUAGACAAAAUGAGUCGAGGAUCUGCAUCCAAUGGACCUAAGGGGAAGAAGAAGGGAGUCACUUUCACCCUUGAUUGCUCUAAGCCAGUUGAGGACAAGAUCAUGGAAAUCGCCUCAUUGGAGAAGUUCCUUCAAGAGCGCAUCAAAGUUGGUGGAAAGGCUGGUGCUUUAGGUGAUACCGUCGCGAUUACGCGUGAGAAGAACAAGAUCAUCGUCACUUCCGAUGCCAAUUUCUCUAAGAGGUAUCUAAAGUAUUUGACAAAGAAAUACUUGAAGAAGAACAAUGUUCGCGAUUGGCUACGAGUGAUUGCAGCAAACAAAGACCGCAAUGUGUAUGAGCUAAGAUACUUCAACAUUGCUGAGAAUGAGGGCGAGGAAGAAGAAUAGGCUAAUCAUCGAUCUUUUAUCUCCCAAUUUCUAUGUUUGUGGUGAAUUUUCUUUGGAACUAAAAAUGGCCUAUAUUUGUCCUUGGCUAUGUUAUCUAUAGUUUUGUUUUGUUAUUUUGACAAGUUUUGUUUGAGGUUUAUUUAUUAGCAAAUUAAAAUUUCAACAUUAAUAAUCAUUUUCAUAUCAUGAUGAAGAA